AUGCCUCUUCUCAGCUCCGAGGGCCCCCGCCCCAAAGUCCUGGUUCCUGAGAAGCUGUCUCCGGAUGGACUGGCGCUUCUCAGGGCAAGUACGGACGUCCAUGAGAAGAUGGGAUUAGCCCCUGAGGAGCUGUUGACAAUCAUAUCCGACUACGACGCCCUGGUUGUUCGGUCAGAGACCAAGGUGACCGACGAAGUGCUCCAAACUGCGAAGAAGCUGAAGGUUGUUGCGAGGGCUGGCGUAGGAGUGGACAAUGUUGAUGUUGAUACUGCAACGAAGCUUGGGAUUGUGGUCGUAAAUUCUCCGGCUGGGAAUGUGGGUGCUGCCGCAGAGCAUACGAUUGCAUUGAUGAUGGGGACGGCCCGGAAGAUUUCGCAUGCUUGCUCCAGCCUCAAAGGCGACAAGUGGGAGAGAAGCAAAUUUGUUGGCGUCGAAGUUAAAGGGAAGACCUUGGGUAUUAUUGGGUUGGGGAAAGUCGGUAUGAUCGUGGCCAGAUUGGCGAAAGGACUUGGAAUGAAUGUGAAUGCCAUGGACCCUUAUGCUUCUGAAGCGGUUGCGUCUUCGGCAUCUAUCACGUUGGUGUCCUCGCUCUCUGAGCUGUUGCCGACCGUCGACUUUCUCACUAUCCAUACUCCACUGAUUGCAUCAACAAAAGGUAUGAUAUCUACCGCGGAGCUUGCAAAUAUGAAACCAGGUGCUCGAAUACUCAACGUAGCGCGUGGAGGCACAAUCGAUGAGAUUGCGUUAUUGGACGCCCUUGAGUCUGGACAUAUCGCCGGUGCUGGCAUAGACGUUUUCACCUCAGAACCACCAAAGCCAGGUUCCAGUGCUUCUCGGCUCAUCGCACAUCCAAACGUAGUUGCUACUCCUCAUCUUGGUGCUUCGACUGUGGAGGCUCAAGAGAAUGUCUCCAUUGACGUUUGCGAACAGGUCCUUCAAAUCCUCGGAGGAGCCCUACCUCGCAGUGCUGUCAACGCUCCGUUGAUUCUUCCAGAGGAGUAUAAGAAACUGCAACCGUUCGUUCGUCUAGUGGAGAAAAUGGGCAGUUUAUAUACCCAGCAUUACAGUUCAUCUACCUCCUUUGACGCUAACCGGAGUACAUUUGACCUGAUUUAUGAAGGUGAUAUUGCUGGAAUCAACAACACGAAACCACUGUUUGCUGCCUUUAUCAAAGGGCUUAUGGCUACUAUCAGCAGCACUAAUGUGAGCAUUGUUAAUGCUGAACUGGUUGCGCGGGAACGUGGUAUUGUCGUGAAUGAACAGCGUUCCCGCGACCCUUCCACUCAUUCAUAUUCCUCCCUCGUCACUCUUGUUGCCAGACCACCUUCUCGAGCUCCAUCCAGAGCACCCGGUGUUGCUGAAACCCAGAGACCUUUACAAAAUCCGCAUCAGCAAAUCAUCUCCGGCACUUGUUCCGGAUCUCAAAUCAUCAUAUCCCGCCUUGGUCGUUUUGCUACAUCCUUCGUUCCUGAGGGCAGACUUCUUAUCUGUCACAAUUACGACUCACCAGGAAAAAUUGGAGUGGUGGGAAGUAUCCUGGGCAAAGAAGACGUCAACAUUAAUUUCAUGAGUGUCGCUCCCAUUUCGAAACAACUCCUCGAAGAGAAUGCAGCCAAGGGACAAAAUGGUGGCAAUGGGAAUGGAAUUCAUACAGAGGCUCUCAUGCUCCUUGGUGUUGACGGGCCCGUUAGCCAGGAUGUCGUCACGGCCUUGGUUGACUCCGGCGGUGUCUUGAGUGCGAGCUUAGUUUCGCUUUAA